UUCAUUUUAACUGUUUUUUUUUCUGUGUGCUGAUGUUAUGCAGUCACACACACGUGUACAACUUGACAUCAGCUUGUGCAAUGAAAUUAAUAAUAAUAAUAAUUGUUAUUAUUCAAUUCGAAAUUCGUUUCAAUAGUAAACAUGAUUAUAUCCCAGGAACAACAUCUUAACAUUUUAGAUCUACCAAACGAGAUUCAGUUGCAAAUAUUCGACUAUUUAAAUUUGAGAGAUCGGAAAAACACAUCGAGGGUAUGUCGGCUAUGGAACGUACUUUCCUUUUCCGGUCGUUUCCUCGACAGAAUUUGCCUUCAGUUGAGUGUGGAAGGGGACAGUUUUAAGUGUAUCGUGGAGGUCCUAAGCCAUAGCAGCAGAAGAUACAGGCACAUUGUCAUAAAUUUCAAUAAUAGAGAUAUUGUUACCACACAUGGAUUACGCGUAAGUGAUGGCCUCGAAACUUUGGCAUUGAUUGGCUUGUCAAGGUUAAAAGCUGACCAGCUGAUAGAGCUGCUAGAAAAUAAUCCUCGUCUGAAUAGGCUCUUUUUGAUCGGAGAAUGGAUUGAUGUAUACAGAAAGACCUGUUUGCUCGAGCUACCUACUUUGAAGAUGGAUGUUCUUCAUGCUGAAUGCUUCCCAACCUGGCUCAGUGCACUAUCAGCUGAUUCUUCACUAGUCCUUCGUCAUCUCGCGAAUCUAUGCGUGCUAGUACCUUCGCUUUGCAAGUCGGAACUACGGUCGCUCGCUCGAAUUUGUCCCGAUCCCAAAACGCUUCAACUCACCGGUACUGACCCCACAGUUGCCUCCUUGUACGAAUGCUACCACAAACAACUGGAGAAAAUAUCGAUUUUAUCACCCCAAAAAGAUUUUUUUCAUCAGUUUUGUGGAAUAGGUUUCCCGAAACUGGACUACCUGUAUCUGGAUCGAUUAGAAAUUCACGACCAGCAAACUGUAACGAGUUGCAUAAACUUUUUUGAAAAUAAGCUACAUUGCGUCCGCUUACAAACGCUAAUACUUCAUCACUUGUUCAUGAUCCGUACACCAAUUUUCACGACAAUCUGCCACAACUGUUUGGCCCUGAGGACGUUGGAACUUAGUUUAAACUAUCUGAAUGGAGAUGCGCUAAAGGAGGUCACCAAUCUGAGCAGUCUACAAAAAUUGACACUGCAAGGAACGGCCUAUUUCCAUGAGACACCCCACUGGGCCAAUCAGAUUGUAUCUUUGACUACGGUUACAAUCGCUGGUAAUCGAUUCCCUGUCCCGAUGUUAGAGUUUAUAGCAGAUAUUGCACCAAAUCUGCAAUCAUUAACGUUGGAGGAUGUUGCAAAGCCGCCAGAAAUAUUUUACAUUCUACCGACAUUGGUUGGUAACAUAGGUCAUCUAGAAAUGGGUUAUUCCCAUCACUUCGAAAGACCGCCUUCGUGUCAUCCAUCCGGAUUUUUGCGAAACAUGAACAACUUGAAAACGUACAGCAUUCGACGGGUAACCAUCAAUCAUGGCAUUCAAGGAUGGCUUCAGGACGCACCACAGUUACGAAGCGUUACAAUAGCGGAUUGUUCAUCCUUGACCGAUACCCAUUUGGUGAUUCUGACUACUAAUUGUCCUAAGCUGAGGCAACUGCAGCUGAAAGGUUGUCCGGGGGUUACAGAGAAAGGUAUCGGCGAAUUUCGAUCACGAGUUCCGUUAUGCAGCGUUUCGGGUGAUAUGGAUUGAGGAGAAAAAUGUGAUAUAAGUCUGCUCAAUGCUGUAUCUUUGCGACCUUCAACUAUCAAAUGUACGAAAGUUGAAAUGUUGGUGUAAAUAUGUACAAAAUAAGAUUAGCAAAAAAUACU